ACAGCUCUGGAAUCUUCGAGGUGUGUGUUUUUUUUUAAUUCUUUCUAUACUGAAACUGCCGUUUGGAUGGUGUCUUAAGUGAAAUAAUGAUAGAUAUCUAGAUCGUCGUUCUGAAAGAGAAUUCUCAACAUUGAGGUCACGCCAUGACCAUGACCCCGUUUCCAGAGACUACCAGACGACACACUACACGCUUCUACAUCGAUGACAUUCUCGUCAGCAAGCCCAAGCCGCUCCCUCGUGAGCCGGCGCCCCAGAUACUGCACCGCCCUCCGUUUCUCGAUUACGCCUCCUACGCAGCCGCCAGCCUGUCCGCACCAUGCCCGCUGCUGCUGACUCCGCCUUUCUUCGCACAAAGCCACGCCUCUUUCUUGAAUGGUCUGCCCGAUCACCCAGCGUUUCUUCUGCCUUCUGCUAGAGGGCUGCCUCUCAAUCCCCUCUUCCAACACGACAACUCCAGCAAACAUUGCCGAAGGCGUAAAGCGAGGACUGUGUUCAGUGACCAGCAGUUGACGGGCCUGGAGAAGAGGUUCGAAUCCCAGCGCUAUCUGUCCACGCCGGAGAGAAUGGAGCUGGCCUCUCAGCUCAAUCUAUCAGAGACACAAGUGAAAACCUGGUUCCAAAACCGGCGAAUGAAGCAGAAAAAGAUCCAGCGAAAGUCACACGACGAGGAAUGCCGACCAGACGAUGACGUCAUGGACGCCAGCCGCGAGGCCGGAGACGACUCCGACGUGGAAGAUCCACAUGACAUCCGGUCUCCGCGUCCGUCACCUUUCCACGAGCAUCAUCUCCAAGCGCAUCACUUGCAGACGGGAGUGUCUUACCGAGCGGAAUUCCGGCACCACAUUUCGGGGGAGCUGGAGUCACAGUCUUUGAGUCGUGAGUCUAGGUCAAGGUCGUACUCAGACUUCCGGCUAUGUGAUCAAGAAGACAACGAAGAGAUUAAUGUGGUAGAUACAGACCAUAGCGACCUACAGGCUAACUGUCCGGACACCUAAGCCUGGUAUUGCAACGUGACCAUCAUCGACACAUACAAAUCCGAAAACUUGAAGUUGGGGGUCUCGAAUCUGUUUUAAGUGAAACAUUUGGUCAGUAACCAACAAGAGUCUUCUUUCAAACCAGAAACUUGAAAUGCUGGUGAGAACAAAAAGGAUUACAUAACAUCCAUCGUCCCGAAAGCUUACUAAAUAAAAUAAAAAUAAAUAACAGAUCCCAUUGCAUCGAAAGCGUAUCCUGUACGAUCAUACGAUGUUGGUCAACAUUUUAGUAUUUAUCAUUAAGGAUGGAAUGCAAAUAUUCUUAGCUAACUAGGAUAUAUCAUUAUUUAUCAUCGAUGAGCGAAUGCAGAUAGUCGUAGCUAAUUUGGAAAUAUAAUUAAGAUCUAUAUACACAUAUGUAAAAGUCUCAUUUUGGCAUUGUUCCGUUUACCCGCCAGCUGUUGUUUUGAAAUUUUGAGACAUAUUAGUCGAGACUUAAAAAAAUGAAAGAUACCGAUACUUUUAACGAGAUCUUCCAGCCUCGUUUUCAUCCUGCCAGACGAUAUCUUUCAGCCUCAUUUUCAUCAUGUCAGACGAUAUCUUCCAGCCUCGUUUUCAUCCUGUCAGACGAUAUCUUCCAGCCUCGUUUUCAUCCUGUCAGACGAUAUCUUCCAGCCUCGUUAUCAACCUGUCCUACUUUUAAAACAACCAGUGUGAUUAACACACGCAAUAUUUAUUUUACAGUGGAUUGUUCGAUGGCCAGAUGAACCAGUCACAUCUGUCCGAGUUCCUUUUAAGUCGCCUGGAUUAUGUUUUGCAAUUCAUCGCUUCUUCAUAAAAAAAUGACUACACUAUAGCUAUGUUCAAAAUAAAAUUAAAACGUUACGAUGUAGAAUAUAAAUAUAGCUAUUGGAGCAUUGAAUGGGUUGCCUGAGUCAGCCAGGAAAAACCAAUGAGUUGAAGUAAAAUUGAGUAACAAGCAUGGCUAGAUUGACGUAUCUUCUGUUUUUUUUUUUAAAACGUCUGUAUUUUAUAAGAUAAGUUGUAACAUUUUUUCUUUACAUUGUCUUCGUAUAUUUUUUAAAGAUUUAUGUGUAGACGAGUGUGUGUGUGUGUUUAUAGAGUUUGUGAAAAAUAAGUACGUUGUAUAUUUACCUAUUACGGCUGUGAGGUAGGCGCCUAAUAAAAACGUCUGUGAGGUUUGCGCCUAUUAUAAACGGCUGUUGGGUUUUGCGCCUAAUAUAAACGGCUGUGAGGUUUGCGCCUAAUAUAAACGGCUGUGGGGUUUGCGCCUAAUAUAAGCGGCUGUGGGGUUUGCGCCUAAUAUAAUUGGCUGUGGGGUUUGCGCCUAAUAUAAACGGCUGUGAGGUUUGCGCCUAAUAUAAACGGCUGUGUAUAUCCAGAGACGUCGUCAGAAAUGAUUAGAAAUAAAAAAUAGCACAAUCUUCUUUUGACUGUAACUUACAUGGAUUGCUUCCCUUUGAUCCCUGGCGGCGUGACCCUGUUGAAUGCUAGCCGUUUUGUUUAACACCAGUACAGUUGCAUUACCUGCAGAUAGAGAUGGGUCACCGAAGAGAAAAGCCACAGCGCCACUCGACCUACAGGCAUGGGCAACUUGAACCCAUGGGCAACUCGACGCCUUAGUUAGGCAAGCCAUCGUCUUGUAAACUCAACUCCAUAAGCAGAUCAAUGUAAUCUUCAACUAAUGCCAAGGAAUGCACCUGGACAGCGAUCAUCUUGUCUCCCUUGAUAGUCACUGGAAGAGUCGAGAUAGUGGUCACCACUUUCAGUAUUAUGUUGUUCCUACGUGUAUUGGACUAAUUCCCCUACUAAUGGUCACAAUGGUGUUCUUGUUAACAUUGCAAUUCUCCAGCACACUUUAAAAAAAAAAAGUACACAACUAUUGUUACAUGGUUUUAAAUGGCACUCCGUUGGACUGCAAGCGUGUCUACCAAUUUGAUUUCAAUCUGAUUUAACGGUGUUUUAAAAAAGGUGCACACAAAUUAACAUAUUAUUUUUGAAAAAAAAUACUUCCGUAUUCUGUACAGCGGAUACACUGUUUUACUGUUUGCUGCCAUUGUAUGAACAUCUGGUGGUUUUCAAAUACUUCUUUAUUUUUUACACCGGAUACACCAAUAACUCGUGUUGUUUAUGAAUGUGCUUCCAUUGUGUUUAUAUACUCCAGUGCGGAUUGUUCUACUUAUUUAUUGGUAUUAGAAUACAUGAAAUUAUGGCUUUUAUACAGCGCUACUUUCAUGCUUAUAGCCUGC